AUGACUCAUUGUCAGUGCCCUGAAAGGAAAUGUGAGGGGAGGCUAGGGAGGUGGCCCCUGUUAGCAGGGCCAACCUGGGUCCAGAUGACCCAACGUUGGAGCCCUGGUGCUCUCAGCAGUGAGCCCUUUGCCAAGGCUCUGCUGCCUCAGUUUCCUUAUCUGGAGAUGCUGUUUUCAGAGGGCCCUGCUGCUGUGGCUUCCCUGGUGGCUCAGUCGAUAAAGAACUCGCCUACAGUGCAGGAGACCCGGGUUCAAUCUCUGGUUUGGAAAGAUCCCCUGGAUAAAGGAAUGACUACCCACUCCAGUAUUCUUGCCUAG